AUAAAUUAAUGGCUGAUUAAGAGGAUUAAUAAAAAAUAUAGUAAUAAGAAGAAUAAGAGAAUAUUGAUUAAUAUUCAUAUUCAGAAGGAGAUUAAUAUGAAUCAGACUCAGAUAAUUUGAAAUUCGACAUAGCAAAGCCAGAAAAGAAUCCAUUUAGGCCAAUAGGAAUAGAUUUUUAAAAAAUACAAUAGAUAGCACAUUUGGCACCAAAUUCAAAAGAGAUUUAAUAAGAGGAGGAAAAUUAAAAAAAGAUUGAGGCUUAUAAAUUGUAUCAAUAGAAAGUAAAGGAAGCGGAAGAGAAUUAAGAGGAAUUAGGAAAGUAGAUAGAAGAGAAACUAAAUAAAAAAAAGGAGGAAGAACUAUAAAGUUUAUAGAAAUAGCCAAUAGAAUAAUAAAUAAAUAGAGGAGGAUAACUUGUAAAUGCAGACGAGAUUUAAAAGAUAAUUUAUCCUUGGUAAGUAUUAUAUGAUGAUACAUGGAAAAAGAAUUAUUAUUAUAAUCCAGUAACAAAGGAAAGUGUAUGGGAAUUGCCAUUAGAUAUAGUAUAGAAAUUGUCUGAUUAUAGAAGAUAAUUUGAGCAUAGAUUGUAUGAUUAUUAAGAGAGAAACUUUUUUAAAUUUUUACCAAAAUAAUACAUAGCAAGAUAAAGAGAAUAGUUAUUUUAGAAAAGAUAGAAAGUAAUGUUAAGACCAGCAAGAAAAUAAGUGGAAGAAUCAUUGGCAACAAAAUUUGGUUAUAAAUAAGGUGAUGAGGAAUAUAAUACUUGGUUUGAUAGAUUUUUGAGUGAUGGAAAUAAAUAUAAAGAGAAAGAACCAGCUUUAACAAGAAUGCAUCCAGAUAUAGAUAGUGGAUAUACAAAAGCAGAUUUAUAUGAAAAAUUUAGUACAUAUUUUUGUUUGUUCUUUGCAAGAGGAUGUUGUGCUGAAGGUGUUAAUUGUAGAUAUUAUCACAGAAUUCCUACAAUGGAUGAAUGUGAAUAAAUAGAUAAUAGUAAAGAUGUAUUUGGUAGAACUAGAUUUGCUAAUCAUAGAGAGGAUAUGAAAGGGUAAUUUAUAAUAUUAAUAAUAUUAUUUUAGAAUAGGUUGUUUUACAAGUGAUACAAGAGCUAUUUAUAUAACACAUUAUAAAAUGCCAAAAGCAGAUACAAGUACUCAAGCUUUAGCAUUAAUGUAUGAUACAUUGUGGAGACAUUUUAGUCCAUUAGGAGAUAUUGAUGAUUUAAAUGUUAUACCUGCUAAAGGUGUCUCAUUUAUUAGGUAUUUUUAUUAAUUCUUUAAUUUAGAUAUAAACAUAGAUGUCAAGCUGAAUUUGCUAAAGAAGCUAUGGAUUCAUAAGCUUUAGAUUAAUAAGAAUGUAUCAUGUGUAAAUGGGCUUAUGAGGAUCCAAAUCCUAAGGCUAUGUCUAGAGAAUUUGAAGAAGAAAAACUUAAAUUAGUUAAUGCUGUUAAAGAUAAAGAGAAGUAAUUCCUGAUUUGGAUAUAUUAGAAAAGAAUAAUAAAAUAGUACUUAAUUUAGAAAGAAAAUUGAUGGAUCAUAAAUAAGAGAUAGAUCAUAAGAUGAUCGAAAAACUAAAAGAGGUAAUGAUAGAGGAGGUAGAAGACCUACAAGAGGAAGAGGAGGAAAUCGAUUAUUUGAUGAUGAUUGAAAUUUACAUCCUUUUAAUAUCACAAAAUUAUUUUAUA